ACUGUUUGCUUCUCCAUUAUUUUAAUGUAGAGGAUUCUUCCAUUACUUUUUAACUGCGACUAACAUAUCCCAAGUACAUAUAAAGACAAGCAGAGUUCAGAGCUUUUAUGUGAACUGUGAAAAGAACAAUGCUAGUUUCAGAGUAGCAGAUCAGUGUCUUUACCAACUUCCCUCUGCUCAACCAAUUCAAGUUUUUUUUUUUUUUGGUUUCAAAAUUUCCCUCCAAGUUGACUUUGCAUUGAAGAGAAAUGGAAACUAGCUCAGUUUCCAAGCUGUUGAUUUUCUUCUUCACAGCCUUUUUAGCGAGUUCUAAGCUAAUCCAGUGCAGCAUUACCUAUGAUAAGAAAGCCAUUCUCAUCAAUGGACAAAGGAGAAUCCUCAUCUCCGGCUCCAUUCAUUAUCCCAGAAGCACUCCUGAGAUGUGGGAGGAUCUUAUUAAGAAAGCUAAAGAUGGAGGCUUGGAUGUCAUAGACACAUAUGUCUUUUGGAAUGGCCAUGAACCUUCUCCUGGCAAUUAUAAUUUCGAGGGAAGAUAUGAUCUUGUACGGUUUAUCAAGACAGUGCAAAAACUCGGACUAUAUGUUCAUCUUCGCAUUGGACCUUAUAUUUGUGCAGAAUGGAAUUUUGGAGGAUUUCCUGUUUGGCUAAAGUAUGUUCCUGGUAUCAGCUUCAGAACUGAUAAUGAGCCCUUCAAGAGGGCGAUGCAAGGAUUUACCCAGAAAAUUGUACAAAUGAUGAAGAAUGAAAAACUUUUUGCGUCGCAAGGUGGCCCCAUCAUCUUGUCUCAGAUUGAAAAUGAAUAUGGACCUGAGAGUAGGGCACUUGGAGCAGCUGGUCAUGCAUACAUUAAUUGGGCUGCAAAAAUGGCUGUUGAACUUAAUACAGGGGUCCCAUGGGUAAUGUGCAAGGAAGAUGACGCCCCAGACCCUGUGAUAAAUGCGUGUAAUGGCUUUUACUGUGAUGGAUUCUCACCCAACAAACCUUACAAGCCCACCAUGUGGACCGAGGCUUGGAGUGGCUGGUUUACAGAAUUUGGUGGCCCAAUUCACCACCGCCCGGUUCAAGACCUGGCGUUUGGCGUUGCUCGUUUCAUACAAAAGGGUGGCUCAUAUGUUAAUUAUUACAUGUACCAUGGAGGAACCAACUUUGGACGGACUGCUGGAGGACCGUUUAUUACAACCAGUUACGACUAUGAUGCUCCAAUCGAUGAAUAUGGUUUAAUCCGACAGCCUAAAUACGAUCAUCUGAAGGAGCUUCAUAGGGCUAUUAAGCUAUGUGAACAUGCUUUAGUUUCCUCAGAUCCUACUGUUACUUCCUUAGGAACCUAUCAUCAAGCCCAUGUAUUCUCUUCAAGGCAAGGAGGCUGUGCUGCUUUUCUCUCAAAUUUCCAUAUGAAAUCUGCUGCAAGGGUGACGUUUAAUAACAGGCACUACGAUUUGCCCCCUUGGUCUAUUAGCAUUCUUCCGGAUUGCAAAAAUGUGGCGUUUAACACUGCAUUAGUUGGAGUUAAAACCUCACGGAUUCAAAUGCUGCCAGCAAACACCAAGAUGUUCCCAUGGGAGGCUUAUGAUGAAGACAUUUCUUCUCUAGGAGCAAGUUCAAGAAUCACAGCUCCUGGACUCUUGGAGCAAAUGAAUGUUACCAGAGAUAAUAGUGACUACCUGUGGUACACAACCAGUGUUGACAUUAGUCCAUCAGAAUCGUUUCUGCGAGGAGGACAAAAACCCACUCUCAAUGUGGAUUCAGCUGGCCAUGCUCUUCAUGUUUUUGUCAACGGACAGUUUUCAGGGUCAGCAUAUGGAACUAGGGAAAACAGGAGAUUCACAUAUACAGGACCAGUGAACCUACAUGCUGGAACAAAUCACAUUGCACUCCUCAGCGUAGCUGUUGGAUUGCCGAAUGAUGGACUGCAUUUCGAGACAUGGAAAACUGGAAUCCAAAGUGUAUUGUUGCAUGGCCUUAACCAAGGAAAGAAGGAUUUGACGUGGCAGAAAUGGUCAUACCAGGUUGGCUUAAGAGGAGAAGCAAUGAAUUUGGUCUCUCCCCAUGGAGCCUCGUCUGUUGAAUGGAUUCGAGGUGAAUGGAUUCGAGGUUCACUAGCUGCACGGAGCCGGCAGUCUAUGACAUGGUAUAAGACGUAUUUCAAUGCCCCAGGAGGUAAUGAACCAUUGGCUUUGGAUAUGCGGAGUAUGGGAAAGGGUCAAGUAUGGAUUAAUGGACAAAGCUUAGGAAGAUAUUGGAUGGCUUAUGCAAAGGGUAACUGCGGUACUUGUAGUUACUUGGGGACAUUCCGAACUACAAAGUGCCAGAGUGGUUGUGACCAGCCAACCCAAAGAUGGUACCACGUUCCAAGAUCAUGGCUAAAGCCAACAAAAAAUUUGUUGGUAGUCUUUGAAGAACUUGGUGGAGAUGUAUCAAAAAUAUCUCUUGUGAGGAGAUCAGUUUUAUAAACAUUGCCUAGACAACACCACAAGUCCGAGAGCUGGGAAGGAAAACAAGGUGCAAGAAAAUAGGUGGAGAAGACAUCCCAGUUUCACUGUCUAAAUUCUAUUUCACUAUUGUUUUAUUUGUGUUACUUAGGCAGCCGUCAUUAAACUCACCAUGCAUGAAAAGAAUGCUCUGUAAAGAAAUGGGGGCUGAUGGCAAGCUAGCCUGUUAAUAUCUGAGUUUGAAAUCCCAUUUUUGGCCAUCUCUUUCUACUGAGAGGAGCGCCAAAUUCAUUCUCAAAAUGCAAAGCAGUUAACAGUAUUGUUCAACAUUGAUUUCAAGAAAUGGAUCAUUAUUGUUUCCA